AUGACGAGCGGAAAAAGGAUCCCAUUGUUUCUGUUCUGUUGCCUACUGUUGGCUGCAUACACUGACUCUAAGCUUACUGUACAAGUGAGGAGGGUAGAAAUAGUCAACAAUCACAAGUAUGCCAAUGCUUCUGCGAAUAUCCGACGCUAUGGCCCAUCGAUGACGAGUAGCAUGGCAGAAUUUCGCGUUGAACUUUUGCAAACAUUUUCCAAUGCAAUGGUUUCUACCAUCUACUAUAUUCGCAAUCUGGCUGGCAGAUACGACAAAGCGUUCUACAAUCGGACGAUUAAUUUCUGCACAUAUCUACGGCAACCUUCAACCGAUCGUUUACUGAAAAUGAUUUACGAGCAUUUAAACCAACCAGGAACUCUGCCGAAGCGAUGCCCAAUACUGAACGGAACAUAUACUUUCAACACAAGCUUUGAACGUUUAAAUUUGCCCGGCUUUCUGCCGGAGAGCAGCUUCCGGUUUGAUCUUAAUUUUCACCGUGGUCCACCAACGAACGAACUCGUCUUUAAUGGUUAUUGGUACGGAGACCUAAAAAGAGUGUCUUCUUAA